CAAAAAUAAUAGGUAAUUAAUUUGCGCAAUAUGAUGUAUCAAAUGGUCUAAUUUUUUAGACAGGAAUGCGUACUUCCAUUUAUCUCCAAAAAUGAUUGAUACGUAACUCACUGAUCACAAUAUAAAUAAUGUAUGUCGUCACUCGAUUGAAGAAUUAAGCCAAAAGAGAAAAUGGUGAAUGUGUUUAGAAUACUGAAGCCUAUGGUGAAGUUGGUCGGAAUUUCACCCCAAAAAGUCGAAAUAGAACCGGGUCGGAGUUCCUUGAUGGCAUUUUCACGUGGGUUUUUCAAGUUCUGGCCUUGGCCUUCAAAUCCGACGUUGACGUCCCUGAUCUCCUUUUCUUCGGCGAAUUCCGCCACCGAUAAAUCCGACCGGUCAACGGCUUUUCAAGCGGAACGCGUGGUCAAAGGGUUGAAGAAGUUGGGGGUGGAAAGUUGCACCGUCGUCGGGUUCAGUUACGGCGGCGUGGUGGCUUUUAAAAUGGCGAAGCUGUACCCGGGCUUCGUUGACUCGGUUGUAGUGACCGGGUCAAUCGUGGAAUUUACUCGAUCCAAAAGUGAUAAAUUGCUGAACGGCGUUGGGUUCUCCCUGUGGUCGGAUUUCUUGUCGCCGGAAACGGUGGAAGACCUCAAAGGGCUCAUUAAAGUCGGCAGUCAUGGAAAAUUGUUCUCCAGUUUACCUCAUCUCUUUUACAGAGAUAUUCUCCAGGAAAUGUAUCCAUUCCGAAAUGAAAGAGCUCAAGUUUUGGACGAGCUUGUUCUUCCAGAUCACUACGAGGUGCCCUCCACUGCAUAUACUCAGGUAAUGUAUGGCGACGAGUUUCUACGUGCUCAAUACAAUAUAGUUAGUUCAUUUAUUUUAGGCUUAAUGUUUCACACAAGACAACUAGAUUUUGAACCCGAUUUCAAGGCAAUGCUAGUCAAUUUCCCACAGAAAAUCUUUAAUUACCGCGCUAAUUUCCCCCCAAAAAAUAGUCCCCAUUAACCUUUUCAAAUUGUACAGAUUUAAAAUUGAUUUCGUGAUAAUAUUCUCUUCACUUUUUUUUCCCCACAAUUCUUUAGGAAAUAGGAC